AUGAAAGCACGUAGUCUCCUUCCCGUGUUGCUCGCCCUCAGCGGCAUCCAAGCGAGCCCGGCCGGCCGAUACGACGGAUAUGACCGGCUUGCCGGAUCCUCGUUCGGCGUGCCUGGAGAUCAGACGUUCGACUACGUCAUCGUCGGGGGAGGCACAGCCGGACUCACCCUCGCCAACCGACUGUCGGAGAACCCGGCGUGGACGGUAGCAGUCAUCGAAGCAGGCGGCUACUACGAGAUCGAGAACGGCAAUGUGUCGCAGAUCCCGCUGUUCGCGUCGGUGGGCUCGGACAAGACGACGGCCAACUACAACCCGGCCAUCGACUGGGGUUUCGUGACGACGCCGCAGCCAGGCGUAAAGGGCGCAAAGGUGCACUACGCGCGCGGCAAAUGCCUUGGCGGGUCGUCCGCCCGCAACUACAUGGCGUAUCAGCGCGGCACGAUCCAGUCGUACGACUGGUGGGCAGACCAAGUCGGCGACGACUCGUACCGGUGGAAGUCGUUCCUGCCGUACCUGCAGAAGAGCGUAUCGUUCAUAGCACCCGACGCGCGCAAGCGGGCGAAAAACGCGACGGCGCAGUACGACCCACGCAGCUUCGGCGCCAACGCGGGCGAGGUGACGCUGACCUUCUCCAACUACGCGCAGGCCAUCUCGUCGUGGGUGCAGCGCGGCAUGGCCGAGAUCGGCAUCAAGCCCAUCGACGGCUUCACGAGCGGCAGGCUGUUCGGCUCGUCGUACGUGCUGGAGAUGAUCCAGAAGGACCAGGUGCGCGCGUCGUCCGAGACGGCCUUCCUGUCGCCCGCCGCGUACCGGCGUCCCAACCUGUUCAUCUUCACGCACUCGCUGGCCAAGAGGGUCAUCUUCGACGACCGGAAGACGGCGACGGGCGUGGCCGUGGACACGGCCGGGAAGAAGUACACGCUGACCGCCCGCAGGGAAGUCAUACUGUCGGCAGGAGUGUUCCAGAGCCCGCAGCUGCUCAUGGUGUCGGGCGUCGGGCCGAAGCCGACCAUGGACAAGUUCGGCAUUCGGACCGUUGCUGACCGGCCCGGUGUGGGGGAGAACAUGUGGGACCAAAUUUUCUUCGGUCCGAGCUGGCGCGUCGAUGUGGUGACGGGCUCGUCGAUGAGAAAUCCAUUGACUCGCGCCCGUGCCUCUGAUGACUUCAACAGGUGGCAAGCCGGCAUUAUGACCAACACAGGAGGCGACUUCUUCGCAUUCGAAAAGAUUCCGCCGGCCAUCCGGGCGACCUUUCCGAAGAACGUCAAAGACUCGCUCGCCAAAUUCCCCGCCGACUGGCCCGAGAUCGAAUACCUCACCGUCUCCGCCUUCCUGGGCGACAACGAAAACUACGUGACCGAGACGCCGCAAGACAACUACAACUACGCCGCCGUCGUCGGCGCCCUCAUGGCCCCCGUCUCCCGCGGCACCGUGUCCAUCUCGUCCGCCGACGCCGCGGACCCGCCCGUCAUCGACCCCCGCUGGCUGAGCGAUCCCGCCGACCAAGCCGUCGCCGUCGCCGCGUACAGGCGCGUGCAAGAGCUGUUCAACUCGCGGGCCAUGAACCCCGUGCUGAUUGGCCCCCAGUACUACCCCAACACGAACGGCCGCGCGCAAAGUGAUGCGGAGGUGCUCGAGGAGGUCAAGCAGAUUUUCAAUACCAUAUGGCACGGUGCGUGCACGUGUAAAAUGGGGAAGAAGGACGAUCGUAUGGCCGUGGUGGACAAUCGCGCCCGCGUCAUUGGGGUCAAUAGGCUCAGGGUUGUGGAUGCGAGCUCGUUUGCCAUUUUGCCUCCGGGACACCCGGUGAGCACCAUCUAUGCGCUGGCGGAGAAGAUUGCGGACGAUAUCAAAUACACGCGUAAUUAA